GCAUCCCUUGGUCACCACCCACCACCCACAAAUCGUGUGGUUCGUCGGUUCCUGUUCUUACGACGCGUACCGUCCUCGUCUGGACAUUUUCAUUCCCACUGAAUGGCGUCGGACGUCCCGCUUAAUGGUUCUGUCGCGCCCACGGCCGUAACGACUGGAGGAAUGCUUUCCCAGCUUUUCAAGGCGACAGGAAUUGGCUCUGACAAUCCUUACUUUAAUGCCGGUUUCGGUCUCAUGGGAGUAGGCGUUCUUGUCGCCUACGCAAGUCAAGCACUGAAACUCGGAUCUAUUGCGCUUCAACGACGAUUGCUGGUCACCUUGGAAAUCAGAAACAAAGAUCCUUCCUAUGACUGGUUCCUCACCUGGCUUGCUCUACAAACAAAGUCUCCACCAAAACCUGACGGGAGAGUCCGCUGGGCACGAAGCCACCAACUCAGCGUUGAAACAAGGGUGUACCAAGAAGACAACGCCCGAAACGCCACCUUUGAUCUAGUCGCUGGACCAGGAAACCACUAUUUCAAGUAUCGUGGAGCUUGGAUCAAGAUGACACGACAACGUGAGACCCGCGCUGUCAACUUGCGAAGCGGUGAUCCAUGGGAAACGGUUUCCCUCACCACACUCUCUCGUGAUCGGAAAAUAUUCCCUGUUCUACUCUCCGAGGCCAGGGACAUAGCUGUACGGCAACAAGAAGGAAAACUGGUAAUAUACACGGCUUGGGGAGUCGAGUGGAGACCUUUUGGAAAGGCCCGCUCUCGAAGACCACUUCCAAGUGUGGUUUUGGCUCCUGGACAGUCCGAAAGAAUUCAGCAAGAUGUAAAAUCUUUCAUGGAGCGCCGUCAGUGGUACGCCGACCGCGGCAUCCCUUAUCGCCGAGGCUAUCUUUUACAUGGUCCUCCAGGAUCAGGGAAAUCAUCAUUUAUCCAAGCCCUUGCUGGCGCAUUUUCUUACGAUAUAUCUAUCAUCAGUCUGUCUGAAAGAGGACUUGGCGAUGACAAAUUCAAUUUCUUACUUUCAAAUGCCCCAGCACGCACCUUUGUCUUGAUUGAAGACAUAGAUGCUGCGUUCAAUAAACGGGUUCAAACCUCUGAAGAUGGUUAUCAGUCCUCCGUCACUUUUUCCGGAUUUCUGAACGCCUUGGAUGGUGUCGCAUCAGGCGAGGAACGAAUAAUAUUCAUGACGACAAAUCAUAUCGAACGACUAGAUCCUGCCCUCAUACGGCCGGGGCGCGUGGAUGUUUCAGAACUCUUUGAUCAUGCGGUGCCAGUUCAGGCAUACAACCUCUUCAUAAGCUUUUAUGGUGGCGACUCGUCAGUUAGUAAAGAGAGGUUAGAGGCUAUUGGUAAAACCCUGGAGAGUCUUGUAUCUGAGGAGAUGAAUGUGGGACGGAGAAUUAGUAUGGCGGAGCUGCAAGGUCUCUUCAUUCGCACAGAUGUUCAGCAAGUAAUGAAGGCUUGCGAAGACAUCUUUACUCAAAAACGCCAGCAAUAGGAUUAGAAAUAGUGGUCCCUCACUCAAAAGUAAUAUCUUAUAAUCCACAAAAUAGAGAUGCAAACAAGCUAUU